AUGACAUUACCUUCAGUUGGAUCAUCCCUUUCUGUUAAAGGUGAACCCGGGGUGGUGAAGUUUGUUGGUAAAACAAAAUUCUCCCCCGGAACUUGGAUAGGUAUUGAACUUGACGCUUCAAUUGGUAAAAAUGAUGGAAGUGUUAAUGGUAUUAGAUACUUUGAUUGUGAAAAAUCUGAUCAAAAUUAUGGUAUUUUCGUAAGACCUGCUUUCUUAGGUCUACCCGAUCCAACUCCAAUCUCUUCUCCAAUAUUGCAUAAUGCUUCUACAAAUAUAUCAGAUUUACAUCGAGUAAUUGAUAAACUACAAUUCAAAUUGAAAAAUACCACUGAAGAUAUAAAAGAAUAUAAACAAACAGUUGAUCAAUUAAAAGAUGAAUUGACUCAAAAACAAAUGCUUGCAUCCAAAUUAGAAUCAAAUUUUGAAAUGGUUUCCAUAGAUAAAGAUUAUUUAAAUGAGCAAAAUAGCCAAUUACAACAAGAUUUAAAAAAUUUAAAUGAUAAAUAUAAUGACUUGAAAAAAGAUUAUGAUCUAGUUCAUGAAGAAUUAGAAUUGAAUAAACAAUUAGAAGAAGCCAUAAAAUCUCAAGUUAAUGAUGAAAAUAAAGAAAAUUCAAAUAUUGAAAAUAUUUCAAAACAAGAUUUCCAAUUAAUUGUUUCAAGAAAUAAACAAUUAGAAUCAGCAUUAUCAAAUUUAAAUCAAUUAACUAAUGAAAACAAAAAAAAUUUUGAAGAUCAAUUAAAUGCAUUAAAACUGGAAAAUGGUCUGAAUAAUGAUAAAUUAAAUAAUUAUGAUCAAUUAUUAUCAAAUUUUGAAGCCGCCCAAUUAACUAUAAAUUCUUUACAAACUCAAUUAGAUUCUGCAUUAGAACUGGAAAAAAUUAUUGAACAUUUAACUAGUAAAAAUGAACAAUUACAAAAUCAAAUUAAAUCUUUAAAUGAUACUGUUAAUGAAUUAAAUGAAAUUCAUGAAUUAGAUAAAAGUUUAGAAGAAAGUCAAUCACAAAUUGAAAUAAAUUUAAGAAAUGAUAUCAAAUCUUUACUGGAUGUUAUUCAAAAUGAUAAAUUACUAAUUUCUGAUUUGGAAAGGAAAAAUAAGUAUCUUGAAUCAAAAGUUUCUGAAUAUAAAGUAUCAGCCUCUUCUCAAAGUGAUAGAAAUAGUACAUUCAGCUCAGAUUAUCAUGAGGUUAUGUUGGAUGAAUUAAAUCUGCAAUUAGACUCUUUGAAAUUACAAAUUAAAAAAUAUAAAUCUUCUUCAACAAAUGAUAAAAUCUCUUUGAAAGUUGCUCAAACAAAAUUAGAUUUAUUACAACAAUUUGAUAGUUCUUUAAUCUCAACGAAUUUAAAUCUUAAACGUGGUUAUGAAGUCUUAUUCAAUAUCAACUUAAAUGUUGCUUAUACUUCAAUAAUGUUAGAUAGUUUGGAAAAUUUAAACUCAUCUGAAAUUGAAUAUCAAUUGAGUAAUUUAUCGAAUAUUAAACUUCAUUUAAAAUUAUUAUUUUCCUUUUUACAAUCAAUUGCUCAUUUAUGGGAGUAUAAUUAUGCAACAAAACAUUAUGUUAAUAAUAUCAUUUCAUUUAAAGAGAUUCUCAGCUUAUUAAAUCAAAACUUAAUGAUUUCAAUUAAUCAUGUAAAAGAAGGUGAUGUUGAUAAUGUUCCAGUCUCUUAUUUGAAAAGUUUUAUUCAAGAUUGCCAUGAUUUAUUGAAAUUAAACUUCGUUAAUGAUACUUAUUCAAUAAUUUUCCAGAAUUUAUCUCUUUUCAAGAUUUCAGCAUUGAGCGUGGCUCACGAAUCAUCCGAGGAAAUUACAUUAACAAGAUAUAUAUUAAAUUAUUUAGAUCGUCAUUUCCAACAACCUUAUGAACCAGAUGAAUUGAUCCAAGAAAUUUACGACAAAAUUCAAUUAAUUUUUGAAUUAAGUACUGAUAUAACUGAAGACGCAAAAUCAUUAUUGAUUGAUUUAAAUGAUGCAUCUGAUGCUUCGAAAGAUUUAACGAUUUCCGAUACCAAAAUAUUAUCAAUUGAUGAUAUUUGCAAUCCUUUCAAUUCAUUAUCAAGAAUAGUUAAAAAGCUAGAAUUCGAAGAUUUCUCAAUUCAUGAUGAUGAUACUUCAGUUGUUGAUGUUGAUUUAUAUAAGGAUAUUUUUGAGUUCGAUCAUGACGUUGAAAGUUGGUGCACUUUAGAUUCCAUCUUAGAAGACUUGACCAAGAAUAGAAAUUUACUUAAAACAAAACAUGAGGUUUAUUCAAAACAAGCCCAAAGCAUCUAUGACGCAGUAAAUGAUAUGAGCUCUCACUCUCCUCCUCCAGAUGAUGGUAAAGAACUAAAGCAUAAAAGAUCAAUUGAAUUGAAAUACUCUGAUUUAACAAAUAAGCUAAUGGAAAAAGAUAGCAGAAUUCAAGAUUUACAACUCAAUGUUAAACUACUAGAAAAAAAUAUGGCUUCAACUGAUGCAAAAUCUAAAGAAUAUAUCGAAAAAUUGAAGAAUGAAAUGUCGGUUUUGAAGAAAGACCACGAAAAUAUGAAGAAAAAUUACGACUCGUUAUUAAAAUCUAAUAAAGAACUAGAGCUCGAAAUUCAGGAAAUUUUGAAAUCUAAUCAAGUAUUUGAAACAAGCCAUCUCGUCGGAAAAUUCGAAAAUAUGCAAGCUGAAAAAAAAUUCACUGAUGAAAUGGCGUUGAUUGAAGAAGUCUUGUUAUUGAGAAAAAUGGUUAAUAUUAAAUAUAAUCAAUUCACUGAUCAUUCCCAAAACGACCCUGAAAAUGAUGAUCUAAAAUGGUUAGAUCAACAAAUUUUACCAAAUGUGGGUUCACCUCCGCCAUCUGCUGCUACAUCACCAAAUCCAAAUCAAACAAAUGAAAAAUCAAAAGAUUUUCGUAAUUCGGCUUCUAUGAUACGAAGUAUAGUUAAUGAGUCUCAACCAGUUCAAGUUCCUGCUCGUGCUGGUGUAUGGAGACCAAAAGUUAACAUCCCCAGAUAUGUAAAUGCAUUAAUGGAAGAAAAGAAAAAACAGUAUCAGCAUGAAAGAAAUAAUUCAAUCACUUCAUCAUUCAACUAA